AUGUACGGAGGCGGAUACGACAAUAACCAGUACGCAUCAGGCUUUCAGCCGAACAACGGCUACCAGAACCCUCCCCCGCCACCACAGUUCUCAGACAAUCGCGCCUUCGGAGGUUACCCAGGCGCAGGCGGUGGCUACCCGGGCGCAGCCCCCCAGCACCAGCAACAGUAUGGACAGCCACAGUACGGCGGUGGCGGUAGCGGCUUCCAACCGCAGGGAGGCUACAACCAGGGCGGAUACCAGCAACAGGGAGGCUACCAGCACCAGGGAGGCUACCAGCCCCAGAGCUACGCACCACCACCCCCGCCCCAGCAGCAGCAGUACAACUCGUACCAGCCGCCGAUGAGCCAGCCUCCCCCGCCCCAAAACUACCACCAGAACGGGGACCGAUACCAGCCGCAGAGUACGGGUCAGUACGGCUCAUACAUGCCGCCAUCUGGCCCCCCUCCCCCGCCGCCGACCGGUGCGCAGCACUACGGACCCCAGUUCCAGGGCCAAGGCGGGAAGCAGCAGCCGUUCUUCCAGUACUCGAACUGUUCCGGUAAGCGCAAGGCGUUGCUCAUCGGCAUCAACUACUUUGGGCAGCAGGGCCAGCUGCGCGGAUGCAUCAACGACGUGCAGAAUGUCCAACAGUUCCUCAUGUCACGGUACGGCUACAGAUCCGAGGAUAUGGUCAUCCUCACCGACGACGCCAAGAAUCCCCGCCAGAUUCCAACGCGGCAAAACAUUAUCCAGGCAAUGCAGUGGCUUGUGCGCGACGCGAGGCCAAAUGACGCCCUCUUCUUCCACUACUCCGGACACGGUGGCCAGGUCAAGGACACGAGCGGCGAUGAGGACGACGGGUACGACGAGUGCAUCUACCCUGUCGACUUUAAGCGCGCGGGUCACAUCGUCGACGACGACAUGCACGCCCUUAUGGUCCGCCCUCUACCGGCUGGUGCGCGCCUCACGGCGAUCUUUGACUCGUGUCACUCGGCCACCGCGCUCGACCUUCCCUACGUCUACUCGACUGAGGGCAAGGUCAAGGAGCCAAACCUCCUCGCCGAGGCCGGUCAGGGCCUGCUCGGUGCAGCGGGGUCGUACCUCAAGGGCGACCUGGGCGGGAUGGUAUCGGGCGUGUUUGGCGUCGGCAAGCAGCUCAUGGGCGGUAACAAAGGUGCAGUGGAGCAGACACGCCAGACGCGCACAUCCCCAGCCGACGUCAUCAUGUGGUCGGGCUGCAAGGACUCGCAGACGUCGGCUGACACGAGCGAGGCGGGCAAGGCAACCGGUGCCAUGUCUCAUGCGUUCAUCGCGGCCAUGACCAAGAACCCGCAGCAGUCGUAUGUCGGCCUUUUACGCUCGAUCCGCGACGAACUCCGCGGCCGCUACGACCAGAAACCCCAGCUCUCGUCUUCUCACCCUAUUGACACCAACCUCCUGUUUAUCUGCUAA